UUUGAAGGGUGGCGGUCCAGAAAGUAACUCGUCGCAGAGAGAAAGAGAGGGAGGGGGUUAAAAAAAAAAAUUAAAAAAUAAGGAGGAGGAGAAAAGAAAGGACUUUCAAUCUUUGAUCGCCUCCUCUCACCUCCUUUUCCCAUUUUUUGGAUGAAGGGCACCGCCCCCUUCAACUGCCAACGGUCAUCACCAAGCCACCGGGCUCCUCACAACACCCAGAAGCAGGCAGAAGCGCCGGAGCCUCGCUCUGUUCUGGAUCAGACAGCAAGCCCGAGCCCAAGCUCCUCCCUUUCCGCCGGCGUGGGCGGCCCUCUCGGACAACAACCACCACCGCAGCCACCACCACCGAAGCCAACGGCAGCCCGACUCCAUCAACGGGUACGAUAUCGAUGGCGCGGCGGCGGCGGCGGCGGCCAUUGGUCGCUCCUUUCAUUCAGGAACGUCGGGCCAUUCGUGCGAUCCGGUGCUCCCCCUUCCCUCAAAAUCACGGCUUUUGUGUCAACUUCAUCUUUUCACCCCCUCGAGCUCCAUCUAACCCGCGAAAAUCUCAUACACUUCGCUUCCGAGCUCAAAAUCCCUUUCGAAUUCUCCUUCUUCGCCAUUGAAUCCUUCGACCCAAAUGAACUCCUCGCGGUCUCCACCUCUAACGAGGCAAUCGCCGUUAACCUCCCUGUUGGAUUUGACUAUCCUCAGACGUUUCCCAUGAUUCUCCGACUGGUGAAGCAGCUGAACCCUAAAGUUGUGGUCUCGGCUGAUCAGGGCUACAAUCAGAAUUUCAUUCAUUUGUUUCAUCCCCUCGUCGUUCUUCUCGAUUCAAUAGAUGCCUCAGGCUCGGGUGCUGAUAUUGUGAACAAAAUCGAGAGGUUCUUGAUUCAGCCGAGGAUUGAGAAUGCUGUAUUGGCCCAAUACAGGACUGCAGCAAAAAUUGCUCCUUGGAGAGAGAUAUUCGCAUCGGUCGGAUUUGUGCAGGGGCAGUUCAGUAAUUUUACGGAGACCCAGGCCGAGUGUUUGCUGAAGAGGGUUCAGGUGAGGGGGUUUCAAGUCGAGAAGAGGCAGGGGUCGAUGUUUCUUUAUUGGCAGCGAGGAGAGCUUGGAUCGGUCUCAGCCUGGAAAUGUUGAUUGAAAUCGAGGGAGAAAAUCUCAGGCAUGUAUCUUUGUUUCAGGGUAAAACUAGUUUCCUUUCCAGGUGACAUGGUCAUUGGUAGUGUUUAAGGAUUUAUUAUGUUUUGAUGUUUAUGUGAUUGUAAAACUUGAGCAAAUGUUGAAAAGUUUUAACUGCCCAUGACUUAAACUUAGAUUUACAUUUUUUGUA